AUGGCAGAACCUCUCUCACGAACCGCCCCAUUCUAUACCAUCCCGCCCCGCCAACUCCUGUCAAUCGAGCAUCCCGCCAUCAUCAAGAAUGUCGACAAGGCCAUCGAUACCCUCCAAGGGAGCGCAGGAAUCAUCAAGGCCCUCACCCCGCCCAAGGCGGAUACCCCAGUCCACCUUCUGCUCCGCCCAGAGGAUGCAAUGUCACGACCCGCGCAGUCAAUCAGCACGCAGUCGAAUAACAUUCUCCUCAAGGUGACUGUUCCCAAGCGGACGGGACGGAAGAGGAAGAGGGGGUCGGAUGGGCCGUUUGUCGAAGAUCCCGCUUGUGUCAAUCCUGGGAAUGCGCCGCCGAGACCUACGGCGCGUGAGGUUCUGCGGACGCUUCGUGAUAACGAGGGGAAGUAUCAGGUUGAGCCUGUUGGGUUGAUUGAGCGGACGCAUGUUUUUCGAGGAAUGCCGGAUUUUGUCUUCUCGACUACAAGCAGUCCGUUCAUCAACCGGGUCCGAGACACGAUAUUGCCCUUUGAUUAUCGAAAGAUGAAGGAGUUCGACCUAGACAUGAGCAAAGGAGCUAUAUCAAAUGUCGACCUCAUCCCGCCUCCAUCAUUUAGCCAUGGAGACCUUCCUUUCAACUACUUCUACCGCCAAAACCCCACAGUCCGCCAAACCCUCGACACAUCCGGCAACAUCACAACCGUAAACACGCAACAAGCUGCCAAAAUCCUCACACACCUCGUCCCCUACGACAUCGAAACAGUCCCAUCCGCCCCGCGACCAAACUGCCCACCCUUUGAAACCCUGGACCCGACCCUCCGCGAGACAAUAAACGUCAUAAACUCCCUCUUCGCCACGCGGCCCGCGUGGUCCCGCCGCGCCCUCCGAAACCAACUCACCACGAUCGAGCAGCGCUACGCCCUCCGCCACGCAAUCCCGCACGUCGGCUACGUCUUCCGCUCGGGACCCUGGCGCGACGCGAUUAUCCGGUUCGGGCAUGACCCCCGGACGGACCCCGCUUCGCGGAUCUACCAGACGACCAUGUUCCGCAUCUUACCUAGGGAAGCCGAGACGGCGCGCGACGGCGCAGGCGGGCGACGACAUACGCUCCCGCGAGCAAACGAGCUAACACCCGAGGCUGCAAGCACGACGACGUCGCACCUGUUUACGGGGAUCCCGCCGCUGCCGCUUGACGGGCGGAUGUGGAUGUUCUGCGACAUCACGGACCCCGUCCUCGCGCGGAUCUUAAAGCCUUCGGAUCCGCUUCCGGAGGGGUUCGUACGUGAGAAAUGUGAUAUUAUGGUUGAUGGGUGGUAUGGGAAUGGGACGACGGCGAAGCUCAAGGCUAUUAUGCGGCAUAAGAUUAUUACGCUAUAUGAGGGGCGGACACCAAAUGACGAUGAUUAUACGCGGAUCUUGGCGUUGCCGGACUGGGCGAGUCCGGAGACGGGGAUGGCGGACUUUUGGCUUGAUCCUUCACAGGCCAGUGCGAAGGAGAUGUCGCUUGCUACGGAGAUUCGGUCGACGAUUAAGGGGGCGGCGACGUGGAAGGAGGUUGCUGGGGGGAAGAGAUCGAUUGUGAAGAAGGAUGGGGAAGGGGGAAAAGGCGGAAAUCAGGCUGGUGCUGCGGAAGGGGAAGGAGAGGAAGAGGAGGAAAGUGGGGUAGAAGACGAGAGUGAGGGGGAGGAAGAGGCGAUUGAGCAGCAGGAAAUCAUGGAAGCAGCAGUUGAAGCAGUGGAUAGGGCUGUGGAAAGGAGGGAAGCCGAGGGUGAGGAUGAAUCCGAUGAUCAUAUGUCGGAUCAAUGA